UUCCUAAAGCCUCAGUCAGAGUGAGGAGGAUGAGAGACGCCAUGAAGGCGAUAUUCAUCGCCGUAUGUGCAGCUCUUGCGAUCCAACAGGUCAGGCUUUUGGUCAACGAGUACGAGUCUUUCCCGACCAACACCUUGUAUAAGAUUGAGAAUGUGAACACGGUCCCGCCUCCAGCAUUUACGAUUUGUCCGAGACCCUCUCUGAAAGCGUCUGAAGACAGAAUGACGGGGGGAAAAAUCGAUCAAUUAGAGGAAUUCGCGAAGGUUACGGUGCCCUUGACCGACUUGGUUAGAUUGAUUCCUACCAACUCGAAACCAGCGAACCCGCCAAACGGAUCAUUUACCGGCCAGGAAACCAUCAUUCCACUAGAAAAUGACAAAGGGUAUUGGAGCGAGCGAAUAUUUUAUGACCUGGAGGACGUCACUGGGUAUUACAAGUGCUUCACGCUAUAUCUGAAAGAAGAAUUGCCCGUGGCCAAGAAGAAUUGCGAAGCACAAGUCUUCUCAUUUGAUUUCGCGUCGAUCCUGCAAUACGAUUUUGCAGAGUGCAUUGAGAACUGCUUCUGGGAAAAGAUUCAGUCUGAUCCCGACCUACCAUGUCUCAGCCCUGGCCUCCUACCUGAGGGAACCAAUCACACGAAACCUGAAUGUGAAAACCUCAACAUGGAAGUAUCUUACAUAUUGGAGAAGGAGAAGGUGAGCAUACUUGAUCUCCUGUCCAACAUCGGAGGAAUCGUCGGCGUCUGUCUCGGUGUGUCUCUCAUCACCAUCUUCGACGUCAUCGAUCAAGGGUGCUACAUCAUCCGCUGGAUGUGGCAUCGAAGGAGAAAUGAGAUUACUUGCAAAGAAUGUCACUGA